AUGCCCACAGCCGUAGACAAGUGGACCUUCACUUUGGCAGAUGCCAGGCCAAGCAGGAAUGUCAAGCUGGAUCCCCCAGGAUUCGCAGAGGUCCAGGACGCAUCUCGCCCUUCGAAAAAGACUCAAAGCGCAGAAGAUCAAUCAGCGAGAGAUACCGAGCUUGCAAACCUGAAGAUGAAGAAAGCCUGGGAAACAGCCAUCGCAGUCGGAAAGUCCAUACCCAUGAACGCGUUCAUGCUGUACAUGUCCGGCAACUCGAUCCAGAUCUUCAGCGUCAUGGUCACCGUUAUGAUGCUCAUCAACGCCAUCAAGGCUAUACUGAACACCAACACUGUCUUCGAACGCUUCUCAUCCCGACCCCCCGGCACAGCCCCCACAGGAAUCAGCGCGCUGUUGAGUCUACCAAGCGACCCGUUAGUCUACCCAAAACUGGUGUAUGUGCUCAUGCAGUGCGGGUGUCUGGCGUUGGGGGUCUGGAAGUGUGGCGCGAUGGGGUUGUUGCCCACGACGACGUCGGAUUGGUUGGCGUUCAUGGAGCCGAAGAAGGCUUUGGAGCAUGCGUUUGGAGGCGUCACUUGGUCGGCGAUAUGA